GCAAGUACUUACUGUCUCUGUGUGCCCGCACCGCAUGCCACCCGUCCGUCGCCUGCAGUGCCUCGCACGCAAAGCAAUUCACACUUGACUGACACCCACUCAGUCAGUCAGUCAGUCGGUCACUCAAUGCCCACCCACACCACCCACCCCCACCUGUCCUGUCCUGUCCUGUCCUGUCCGUCCAGCAGCCAGCUACAUUAGACAGACACACAGCCACACAUACAGUACAUUCACACACGCAGCCACCGAGUCCACUCACUCACUCACUCACUCACAUCAGACCACACCGUCCAUCGAUCGGAUCGGCUGCCAAAAAGGACAGCACUGAUCUAAUCCAUCGUCAAUCUCACUCACCAGAUAGAUCAGCCAGCCACGCAGGCAGGCAGGCCAAAACGUCAAUCCCCUUACUUUGUGUGUGCGCCACCCACUCCCUUACCCACCGCAUGCACAUACAGCGCAGCGCACCCACUCGCGCGUCAAUCAGACAGACCCCUUCCUUCUCUCUGUAUCUAUCUACUUGACCCGGUACACACACAAGUACAUCUGUGUCUCUGUGCCAUAGGCAGGGUUGCCCGGCAGGUAGGGCUUCGGAGCGUCCUUCUUGACGACCGGCCCCUCGACCUCCUCCCACACUCCCGCAUCCAUCAGGCCCUUCAUUGCGGCGCCCCACUUCUCGUACGUGUCGGUGCGGUGCGUCAGAAUUACCAGCCCCCCCGGCGCACACACGCGGCAAAACUCCGAUAAAGUGCCCUGCUUGAUCGGUGGAACACACACACACAGCGAGGGAUCAGAAAUGUGUUUGUUGAUCUAUCCAUCGUGUCAGUCAGGCCUGCCUGCCUCCCUCCCUGCCUGCCGGCGCACAUCACAUCUCCGUAGGUACCUUUGAGGGGUCGACGUAUGUGAGUACGCCCAGGCAAGUGACGACAUUGAAUGCGUUAUCGUCGAAGGGCAGCCUGUCCUGCAGGUCCUGCCGCAGCACCUGGCCGUAGAAAUCCUUGGCCCUCGCGUGGACCAGCAUGUCGUCCAUCAGAUCGGUGCCCACAGAGUUGCUCCCACUGAUGCCCACAGCACUCAUCUGCAUGUGCACAACACAGUCAGAUAACGAUCCUGUCCGGUUUCUGUGAGCUGUACUGCGUCGAUACCGACCGGUGCGACGGAUUUGCCGGUGCCACAUCCGGCGUCCAGCCUGCAAUCAGUUUCCAGCACACACACAUACACUCACAAGCCAUGCCUCGCGACAGGCCUCCGCUACCACUUGACGGUGUCCAUUCGCACGUCGGCGGGGAGGUACUUCUCGCAGGCGGCGGCGGCCAGUGCAGGCGCCUGGUAGCCGAAGCUCUCGAUUGUUUUCUCAUAGUUGUCGCUGUUCAUAUCGCCGCCGUCCUUCGUAUAGGAAGAUAGACCUAUCCUGAACACAUGAAGCAGCAGGCAUCUUGAUGUUCUCCUGUCAGCUUACCAUGGGCCUUCUCCCUGGUUGGGUUCAUUCGCAGUCGCCAUUCUGGCCGAGUCGGCAGCACUGGAAAGUGAUCUGUUCGGUUCUACGCCACUUUCGGAUCUACGACUGGAGGACACUGUGAGA